AUGGCCAGCGUCAUGCAGCCGUCCGAAGCGGCAGGCUCGAACGCCAACACCGAGCGCGAGCUCACCUCUGCCGAGGUCAAGCUCAACAAGACGGCCGGCGGAAACGCCGCUUUCCACAACUUCAACAACGACUUCGCCCAUGUUGCUGAUGCCAACGAGCGUCGCCGCCUGGCUCUGGCCGAGAUCGACAAGGCGCCUUUCGGCUGGUACCAUGUCCGUGCCAUCAUCGUUGCUGGUAUCGGCUUCUUCACCGACUCGUACGAUAUCUUUACCAUCGGCCUCGUCACUUCCAUGUUGGGUAUUGUGUACUUUGGUGGAACCCUGCCUGCGGAACACGACACUGCCAUCAAGGUUGCCACCUCCGCCGGCACCGUCGUUGGCCAAGUUGGAUUCGGUAUUCUUGCAGACAUUGUCGGUCGCAAGAAGAUGUACGGUGUAGAGCUCAUCAUCAUCAUUAUCGCCACCCUCGCCCAGGCCCUCUCGUCUUCCUCUCCUUCGGUUUCCAUCGUCGGCCUCAUUGUUUUCUGGCGUAUCAUCAUGGGUAUUGGCAUCGGCGGUGAUUACCCGCUUUCUGCAAUCAUUACCUCCGAGUUCGCCACGACCAAGUGGAGAGGCUUCAUGAUGAAUGCCGUGUUUGCCAACCAAGGGUUUGGCCAGCUUGCUGGUGGCAUUAUGCUCCUCAUCGUCACAUCCGGCUUCAAGGGGUCCCUCGAGACUGCCGCCAAGCCUGCUGCAUGCUCUGCCACCGAGCCUUGCCUGAUGGCCGUUGACAAGAUGUGGAGGACCAUGAUCGGCUUCGGCGCCGUCCCCGGAUGCAUCGCCUUGUACUUCCGCCUCACCAUUCCGGAGACCCCUCGAUACACUUUCGACAUCGAAAAUGAUGUGCAGAAGGCCGAGGGCGACGUCGACUUCUAUAAGAAGGGCAAGUGGGGCGAGGCCCAGGUUGAUGAGGCUGCUCGCGUCAUCGCCCGCCAAGAGGCCGAGACGCAGCUCGAAGUACCCAAGGCUUCUUGGAGUGACUUCUUCCGCCACUAUAGCGUCUGGAAGAACGCCAAGGUCCUUAUCGGUACCGCUGGUUCUUGGUUCUUCCUCGAUGUUGCCUUCUAUGGUCUCGGUCUGAACAACGCCAUCAUUCUCAAUGCCAUCGGAUGGUCCGGCGGUAAGGAUGUGUACCACAUCUUCUACAAGACGGCUGUUGGCAACCUGAUCCUCGUCCUCGCUGGCGCUGUCCCAGGAUACUGGGUUUCCGCCGCACUCGUUGACACAAUCGGCCGCAAGCCCAUCCAGCUCUUUGGCUUCUUCGCCCUUACCCUCCUCUUCUGCGUUAUCGGCUUCGACUACUGGAACCUGUCCGGAUCUGCUCUGAUGGCCCUGUACACCCUCGCACAGUUCUUCUUCAACGCCGGGCCCAACUCAACCACGUUUAUUGUCCCUGGCGAGUGCUUCCCGACUAGGUACAGGUCCACUUCCCACGGAGUUUCAGCUGCCUCGGGCAAGAUUGGUGCCAUCAUCGCGCAGGUUGUGUUCGGGCCGCUCAGGACCAUCGGAGCCGACAGCAGCCGGGCCAAGACUGACCCCAGAUGGAGCACGCCGUGGCUCAACCACAUCAUGCAGAUCUUUGCCCUUUUCAUGCUUUGCGGUUUCUUUACAAGUUUGCUGAUUCCCGAGACGGCGAGGAAGACGCUGGAGGAGCUUUCUGGCGAGGACGACCUUGCCACCAGUUUCGUCCCUGUCCAUGGCCAUAACGAGGAGAAGCGAGUUGAGGAGGGCACCGCCGGAUCUGCCUGA